GGCCCAGCGUAAAGAGUAGCAGGUUAGGUUGAGACUCAGAUUGUCCUCUACGUGCAGUGUGUGAGUGCUGAGUGCGGACAGACAUGGCGUCCAGGGGCCUGCGGAUAGUGGGGCAUAACCUGAGCAUAUUGCUGCGGACACACAGGGCGCCGCUCCGGUCGUGUCCACAGCUGAUGUGCACAGCAGCUCAGCAGCCAAAUAACCCUGCGCCGGAAAGUGCGGAAGAGAAGAGUAAAAAGCCGGAAGAAACUGCGGAACAGCUGGUUGCAGAGAAGGCGAAGUUAGAAGAACAAGUGAAAGAGGUUACGGAUAAAUAUAAGCGUGCCUUAGCGGACACAGAGAACCUAAGACAGAGGAGUCAGAAAAUGGUGGAAGAUGCUAAAUUGUUUGGAAUACAAGGAUUCUGCAAGGACUUGUUAGAAGUGGCAGAUAUCUUGGAAAAAGCAACACAAAGUGUCCCCAAGGAAGAGAUCAAGGACGAUAACCCUCAUCUGAAGAACCUGUACGAGGGGCUAGUGAUGACUGAAGGCCAGAUGCAAAAAGUCUUUAAGAAGCACGGAGUCAUCAAGCUUAAUCCAGUGGGCGCAAAGUUUGAUCCAUAUGAGCAUGAAGCCUUAUUUCAUACCCCAGUGGAGGGCAAGGAGCCUGGCACAGUAGCUUUAGUCACUAAAGUAGGGUACAAGCUGCAUGAACGCACAUUGAGGCCUGCCUUGGUAGGAGUUGUUAAAGGAGUAUAGGUCCGUUUUAUUAUCCAUGUUGUAUAGCCGAGUAUUUUAUUAUUUCAUUCCAAAAAUCCCAUUGUUUAUUUGGAUUAAGGCCCUUACAGAUUAGGCAGGAAGUGGUUAAUAACCCUGGAGAAAAAAUUUUUUUAAAUCUUGCUCAUCAUAGACUUCUGCCCCCCUACUAUGCCACAGCAAAUCAUACACCUGGACUGUGCCAUCGGCUUCUCCUUUAACUCAGACUUUCAUUCCAGUGUUGUUCAGAUUGUCGGACAGCGGAUGAUCCUGAUGGACUAGAGAUGUGAUUUACUGAUUGGUUCAUGAAAUUAUUACUAUGUCGUCUGGACGCUGCGGAGUUACUUCUUGGGGGUUCUCUCACAGCGUCUGUUUCUGGGAUGAUAUUACCCUGAAUAAAAUAUUUUUCACAAUUCUGUGUUUUC